UCCCUCGGCGGUGUCUUUGUUUUUCCUCUCGUCUGCUGCUCUCUCUCCAUCAUACGGCGGCUCACUGUUUUUUUUUUUAAAAGACAUUUUUGUGUGAUGGCGGAGGACAGCGAGUCUGCGGCCAGUCAGCAGAGCCUGGAGCUGGACGACCAGGACACCUGCGGGAUAGACGGAGACAACGAGGAGGAGAAUGAGCAUCUGCAGGGGAGUCCAGGGGGAGAUUUGGGGGCCAAGAGGAAGAAGAAGAAGCAGAAGAGGAAGAAAGAGAAGCCGAGCUCGGGGGGAGCCAAGUCUGACUCUGCCUCUGACUCUCAGGAGAUUAAGAACCCUGGUUUACCCAUUCAGAAGUUGCAGGACAUCCAAAGAGCCAUGGAGCUGCUGUCCUGCCAGGGUCCUGCGAAGAGCAUCGACGAGGCAGCCAAGCACAAGUACCAGUUUUGGGACACUCAGCCUGUGCCAAAGCUAAACGAGGUUGUGACGAGUCACGGGCCGAUUGAAGUUGACAAAGAAAACAUCAGACAGGAGCCAUAUUCCUUACCUCAAGGCUUCAUGUGGGACACUCUGGAUCUCAGCAAUGCAGAUGUGCUGAAAGAGCUGUACACACUGUUAAAUGAAAACUAUGUGGAGGACGAUGACAACAUGUUCAGAUUUGAUUACUCACCAAACUUUCUCAAAUGGGCUCUGCGUCCACCUGGCUGGUUACCACAGUGGCAUUGUGGAGUGAGAGUGUCCUCCAAUAAGAAGCUUGUUGGCUUCAUUAGUGCCAUUCCUGCGGAUAUACGCAUCUAUGACACGCUGAAAAGGAUGGUAGAAAUCAACUUCCUGUGUGUCCAUAAGAAGCUGCGCUCAAAGCGUGUCGCUCCUGUGCUCAUCAGAGAGAUCACACGGAGGGUGAACUUGGAGGGAAUAUUUCAGGCAGUAUACACAGCAGGAGUGGUACUCCCGAAACCUGUGUCCACAUGCAGGUAUUGGCAUCGUUCUUUGAACCCCAGAAAACUUGUGGAAGUUAAAUUCUCCCAUCUGAGCAGAAACAUGACCCUGCAAAGAACCAUGAAACUCUACAGACUACCAGAUAGCAUCAAAACUCCAGGUCUGCGGCUGAUGGAGAGACGCGACAUCCGCCAAGUCACCGAGCUGCUGCAGAAAUACCUUAAACGUUUCCAGCUUGCACCUUCUUUGGGGGAAGAGGAGGUCACUCACUGGUUGUUGCCACAGGACAACAUAAUUGACACAUACGUAGUAGAGGGUGCUGGUGGCGUACUGACAGAUUUCACUAGUUUCUACACUCUGCCCUCGACGGUGAUGCAUCAUCCUCUCCAUAGGAGCCUGAAGGCAGCUUAUUCUUUUUACAAUGUUCAUACACAAACUCCGCUACUGGACCUAAUGAAUGAUGCACUGAUCUUGGCCAAACUGAAAGGUUUUGAUGUGUUCAAUGCCUUGGAUUUAAUGGAGAAUAAGUUGUUCCUGGAGAAGCUCAAGUUUGGCAUAGGAGAUGGAAAUCUGCAGUAUUACCUCUACAAUUGGAAGUGUCCACCUAUGGACCCUGAUAAGGUUGGCCUCGUCCUUCAGUAGCACGUGUCCUCACGGCGGCUACAAGAAAUACUGAUUGAGAGGUUUUCUGUGACCUCUGGCUACUCCUUACCUGGACAUACAGGUAGCCCAAGCUAGACAAUGAAAACUACAACAGUCAAACCAACCUGGUGACCGGGCGGCGGUGCACCCGGCACUUGUGUCAUCGAGAACAUUCUCAGUUCCCCCGGAGCUGAAAACUCUUAAAUCAUCAACAUCCUGAAUGUGAAGUCAUGCUAUGCCUGAGAUACUCAUACAGUACAACGCUCCUGACACCAACGCUCACAUUUCAAAACACAUCAGUUUGACAUUCAAGAGGAUGCCUUGACAUUUGUGAGUCUUUGUUUAGCUCUUCCUCAGCAGACACUUUGUUACAAGGUACGGACGUGUUGUUUCAUUUCAUUGAGGGAAGCGUGUAAAUCAGGGAUGGGGAACAUUUUUUCUAUCAGGGGCCAUUUUAGUUUUUAAAACAUCCUUCGAGGGCCACAGUAAAUUAUUGUUUCAUUUCGGUGCACCCAAAAUUUUCACUGCGCCUUUUGGUACCACAAUAAUACACCUUUUAAACCUUUUCUUGGCAGUUCCAAUACACAUUGGUAAUAUCUGAACUAGGGCUGGGUAGUGCCACUGAUUUCCCAAAUCGAUUGGAUAUUCAAUCACAAGGUCUCGAUUUGAUUCGAUUAUAUAACUGUGCAAGGAAACCUCUAACUUGGUGCAUUAUUAAAAAUAUUGACUAAUAGGUUGUGAUGUAUUAGGUUAGUAUUCCAGCGUUUCCUCGAGGACUGAGUGUGUGUGUGUGUGUGUACGUCGCUCUUCACAACAAACAGUUAUGUGAGUGUGUGAGUGUAAACUCUGCCUCACUCCCUGAUUCAGAGGACACGACUCGAUCAAAUACACAGACACACUAGCUAAAUGUUAUUGCGACAAAGGACACCAUUUUUAAAUCGCCCUUCACUGAUUUUUUUUUUCAUGUAUAUAUGAAUUGCCUCGCAGGCCGGACGUUCCCCACCCCUGAUGUAAAUGAUAAUCAGCAAGUAAACACAGUAAACAAACUUUUCUAAUUGUGUUCAAGUCCAAACGAUUAGUUAUUGUAUACCAACAGCAACUGAAUAAUUAUUACCAUAUGUUCUCAUAUCAGUGUGGUCGGAAGUAUCUCUGCUGGUUGUGUCAUGGCCUCAGUAGAGUUAGAAAUUCUGAGAUGUUUCUUUGAUAAGAGAAAAAUCUCUCACCUUUUUUCACCUCAAACAUUCAUACCUUUAAAUCACAAAUAUAGAGAACAAGGAAGGACUUAUCCAGCUGGUGCAUUAAUAUACAUGUUUUUGUUGAAAAUAUAUAGUCACCUGUACAUUUAGAGUCAGAUCAUAUUUAAUCCUGUAGUGUGCUUUUGGGGUGUGGGAGGGCUGAUCCAAAGUAUUUUUCCUCUUAAGUAGUGUAGAUGUCACUGGGUUUGUUCGGUCAGUUAAGGUUUAAGGGGUUUUGAUGAAGAAUGUAUUGCAUCAAUGAAGCACAAUUUUUCAGUUCUUAAACCAGAAGAAGGUUCCUUUAAGGGUCAGGGUGCCCAGAUUUCAAAACUGAUGAGUUGCAGAACAGAGUCUCAACUUUGUUAUUUCAUUUACUUUAAGGAUUUAAGCUGUUUUCACAUUAUAAACCUGUUUCUAGAGAUUCCAUUUUUAAAACAACACUCUUACAAGAAGUGAUCUGGUUAUUAUACCUGAUGUGCUCAUGCAGAUGUUAGAAUCGAUUGCAUGUCAGUGGUGGGCUGUCCAGUUAGCAAGGCUGCUGAAUAAGUAACUGUUUCUAUACAAACUCAGCAGGGCAGUAAAACAUUGGGCAGGAAACACACACAACUAGAAUGGCAUUCAGUAGAGCAAAGACCUCCCCCAAGGCCCAACAGUCCCCUUAUAAAGCCACAUUUAAAUUCCCUAGAUCCAGUCAUUAUCUGGAACUGCACUAAUCAGUCCUAUAAAUAUGCCAGAGUUUUUCCAUCUGGAUCCAUGUUCUAGUUCCUGAGAAAUUAAUGAAAAUGUUUUUUUUAAAAGCACUUUCUCUAAAAGUUACAGAAAAUCCUGGAUCUGCCUCAAGAUGUAAAGGGUUCUUUCUUUGCUCCCGUCCCAUCCUUCCACAAAGUUAUGUGGAAAUUUGUUCGGUAGUAAAAUAUAGUAUAAUAAAUAAAGAGGCAAAAACAUUGGCAGAGGUAAAAAAAAAACCCCACCAGUUUAACAACAUUCAAGGGAUAUUGACUUUUCAAGUUCUCCUAAAACGUUUUCAAAAUUGUCACUUUUUCUCUCUAGAGGCAGUUUUAUACUGUGGAAAUUGUGCAUGUGCUCUGACAUAGUGCAUGUUCUCAGUUAAGCCCCAUUUAAAACCGUCAGUUUUAUUUUUAGUCAUUGUUGCACAGGCCGCUUGCAAAGCAUUUAUCACUUCCUACUUUAAAUAGCCUGUUGCAAAGCAAAAACAAACUUGUCCCUGUAAAAUUGCAGAACACUAUGGUCGUAAGCAUUUCUGAACAGAUUCUCAUUCAAACUCUGGAGAAUUUAGCACAACUCUCAAACGGUCUGAAGUAAUUUCCAACAGCAUGCAGUCAGAGACCAGCGGCUGAAUCAACUGAAGCCUGUGUCAGUAACCGCGUCAAUUUGAAAUGUGAGCAUUUCCUGGUUUUCCAAGUGCGUUCUUAUUGACUUCUCUGAUUUGUUUUUAAUGGUACUGUAUUUUGUGUGUCUGAAAAAUAUACUGUAGGUUAUUUUUUUAGUGUGUUGUGCAGCUACUUGCGUGAAACAGUUCUAUUUAUAAUUGUACUUUGCAAAAGUGUCUUAAGACGUCAUUCUUCUUUUUCUUUCCAGUAUUUCCCUAAGAAUUCCAGUGAAACGGUUGAUUUCAGAUGUGUCACACCACUCACGCUGUGGUUUACUCAAAAAGGGUUUAAAUGUUUUUAAACGGUCUUUUCUUUGUCCCUUUUGUUCGAUGUUCCUGUUCCCGUGGCUCCGUGUAACUGAAGAGGUAAAGGCUGCUGCAAUCUCCGUCAUUGAUUUUUCUCUAUGUGAUGUAGUUUCCUUCUCAUCCCUUUAUAAAUUAGCAAGAAAAGAACAACUGAUGAACAGUGUUCAAAGAUUUUUUCUUUUGACCAUUGAAAGGUUGAACGAGUUACAUUCACACAGACGGAAGUUACCAGGAUUACUGAAACACUGAAAUCAGUUGCUGAGUGGACAGUGUGCCUCAUGGAUGUUGGUUGUCACAGAUGUGUUGCCUGCAGCUGUUUGAAUGAACUUUGAGCAUGUCAGUUUUGCUGCCGUGUUGAUUUUAGAGUUGAUGUUACUUAGCUACACCCUUUAGUGAGAACUCAACCUGAAGUACCUGCCUUAUUUAAAAAAAUGAUUUCUGUUUAUUUUUUAUUUUAAGUUUUUGGGAUGGGCUGGGGGGGGCGGGUAUGUACUUUUGAACCGACAUACAGCUUUCUCUAACUGAAGAACAAUAUUUUUAUUCAGAUCCAUCGUAAGCUGUGAUAAAGCUGAAGACAUGUACCAGCAUCAUAUAAGACAUGACCCCAUGCAAAUAACAAUCUGUUCCAACACGCGUCGGCUAUACCAGCAUGGAUGUUUGAUUGAAUAAACACACUUUGAAAAAGGUA